AAAUAUGUUUGCAAUAAAAUUAUAUUAUAGCAAAUCAUAAACUAAUAAUCGGCAAGUAUAUAAUUUGAUAAUUUACUUUGAUAAUUUUUUGGCGCCACUAGUCACGUGCUUUUUAACCUAACCUAAUAUCCUUUGUCCUCAAUAUUCAUCCUCGAAUCAAAUUAAUAACAAUGGCCGUCGUAGUUGGCUGUCAUACGGAGAUAUAUCCAGAUUAUGUGAUGGUGAGAAACCUGUGGCGAGUGGCAAUUGCUGCCGAUCGGUCACAGUGAUUAUAGAACGAAUGAAAUCAACGUGACGUGUACUACUGGAAAGGAUGAUUUUCUAGUGGGUGGUUGAAUCGUUAUGUCAACUAGAGUGACCGCGGAUGACCAGCUGACAAUGUUUUGUCAUUAGCAUAAUUUAGUGCUUAGCGGGCGUUCGCGGUAAAUCAAGGAUGUUUAAAGCUGAAGAGCCGUCCAAAGACAGCUUCCUUCAGCAAAUGAAGGCUGCCAGAGAAGAAAGAGCUCAUGAAAAAGACAGAGAAGCUGCUGUCAUCUUAAUUCAGGCUUAUAUUAGGGGAUGGUUGACGCGUAAAAGAAUUUUAGAAGAAUUUGAUACAAAUUUUCUCAAUGAUGGUAAUACAGAAACAAAUAUAAAGUUAAAACCUGCUUUAGAUGUGUAUAAAAUCGUUUUUAAAUUUUUGUAUAUAUAUAAAAAAGAUUAUGUUCAAGAAAGAAUAGAAAAGCUAUGUAGAUAUUUAGUAUUGACCCUAGAUUCAGAAUCACCAGAAAUUUCUUAUGUAGGACUUGUAUUGAACAAAGAUCGCUACAUAUCAUGGAUAUCACAAAUGAAAACAAUAUUACUUUAUUGUCUGACUGGUUUAGAUAAUCUUAAACCAGAAAGAGUAUCUGACCAUAAAUCCAUCCAUUUAAGAUUACAUACAUUAGUUAGUUUUACAUCACCAGGAACAUGGGCAAUUCAAAAAGUAGAAGGAAUGGAAAAACUUAAAGCUGGUAUGAAUCAGCUUUGUGCUAACAUAAUGGGCCACCUAGUCAACAAUGGGUUUUAUCCCAUUAUGCAAGCAUUUUUAGUAAAAGGAUUGGGUAGAGUCGAGAUUGCUUUAAAACCAAUUGCACUUUCAGCAGCAGUUACAUUGACAUUAAGACCAUUAAUCUCUUCUCAGAUGUCAGAUAAAUUGGUUUCAUUAUUUUUGAUAAAUAUUUUUAGUGUACCUGCAUUGAUCUAUCAUUUAAAUAAUAUAUCAUCAGUAUGUAUUUCAUCAUUUAUUACAAACAAUUUAUUUGCCAGAAGUUUGGAAUUGUUAAACUCAGAGCAAAAUUUAAGAAUAGUUUUUAAUGCUUUGGAAGGUAGUUAUGCACUGUGUUUAUUAGCUAAUUUAAUACAAUUAGCUAAUAUUGAAAGAGAUGAAGUGUUAAAGGAAUUAUACUUUCCAUCUUUUACGUUUGUUGUAACAAAAAUGUUGGAGGCAUGUCAGCAAUAUGUAGUUGCAAAACAAAGUAAUUUAACACAUUGGCAUCCUAUUCUUGGUUGGCUUGCACAAAAGGUUGAUACAUCUUUACAAGAACCUAUCCCAUAUGUGAAAUCACAAUUAGCCUGUUUGUGGACAGGAAGAAUAGUUACACAAUUAAUUGGUCAACCUUUAACUGAACUUAUUGAAAAAGAGAUACCUCCAUCAAUAGAGCAACAGAGUACAUCUGUUGGUACUAAUAUUUUUAGAAGGGCGUUUUUGGAAGCACGUACAAAUAGAAAUAAUAAUACUAAAAAUUAUAGAAAAUUGGGAAGUGCAGAGACUACUAGAAUAGCUUUAAUUUGUUCCCUUUAUCAAAUUGCUUUACAUACACUUACACAAAUGAAAAUGGAAAUAUUAACUGGUCUAUGUUAUCAAGAUAAAAUUUUAUACCAUAUGUAUCUAUUUUUGGGAACAUUGGGUCCUCAUUGUGGUUUAAAAGCAUUUUUGGAUCAUUUAGCUGCUAAUACAAAAUGUACAGCACCUGAAUUUCAAAUGUUGAUAUUAUUUUCUGACUGUAUGACACAUUAUGUUACAAUUUUAGAUGAUAUGGAAAUGUAUGAACAACAAGAUCCGUUCAAACUUAGUGAUUUUGUAACGAUAUCGUACUUUUUAAACCAGUUUUUAUAUAAAGCAGUGCUCAAUAAUUUGUUUGUUUUAGAUGUUCCAGACGUGAAAUCGGUUCCUAAUAAUCCCCUGUUUACUUCUCUUCAUACCCUUUUAAUGGCAAUCUACCGACGAGAUUGUAGACGAACUUUUUGUCCAGAAGGGCACUGGUUGGCAAAGGAAGUUCGAGUAUCUGGUUUUUUGGCAGAUUUGGAGAAAGGCAGGCGAGGUGCAGCUCUUCUCCUUUCUAAAAUGCCUCAUGUUAUUCCUCAUUCGGAACGCGUUGUACUAUUUCGUAAGCAUGUUGCUAACGAAAAAGCAGUUUUGGGUUUAACUGAAAGUGCUUGCAAUAGUACGCCAACAACUCUUAUUGUUGUUCACAGAACUCGUAUAGUGGAAGACGGUUAUCGCCAAUUAGCGAUGUUACCCUCUCAGGCACUUAAAGGUGUCAUUAGAGUUCGUUUUGUAAACGAGCAAGGUCUAGCUGAAGCAGGCAUUGAUCAAGAUGGAGUCUUUAAAGAAUUUUUAGAGGAGACAAUAAAGAAAGUUUUCGAUCCAUCUUUGAAUUUAUUUAAAGUCACUAGUGAAAAUCGACUUUAUCCAUCUCCAACAUCUUCUAUGCAAGAUAAUCAUUUGCAACUUUUUGAAUUUGUUGGCCGUAUGCUGGGUAAAGCAGUAUAUGAAGGCAUUGUUGUAGACGUACCUUUCGCAUCUUUUUUUGUUUCCCAAUUUUCUGGGCAAACUGGAGGUGCAUUAUACAGUUGGUUAGACGAAUUGGCUUCAUUAGAUCGAGAUUUAUAUCGAAGUCUUACUCUUGUGAAGCAUUAUAAAGGUGAUGUUAGACAAUUAGAAUUAACGUUUUCUCUUGAUGAAGACGUUUUAGGUAAAUUGGUUACGCAUGAAUUGAUUCCUGGAGGACGAGCGGUGCCGGUUACUAACGAAAAUAAAAUCAAUUAUAUACAUUUAAUGGCCCAUUUCAGAAUGCAUAUGCAAAUUAAAGAUCAAACAGCAGCUUUUAUUAAAGGAUUCCGUUCUAUAAUCAAUCCAGAAUGGUUGGCGUUGUUUUCUACUCCUGAAUUACAGAGAUUAAUUUCGGGUGACAAUGUUCCAUUAGAUUUACGAGAUUUAAGAAGACAUACGCAAUAUUAUGGUGGUUUCCACGAUAGUCAUCGUGUAGUGUGUUGGUUGUGGGAUAUUCUAGAGAAAGAUUUUUCUGAAGAAGAAAGAGGCUUAUUCUUAAAGUUCGUAACAAGCUGCUCGAAAUCACCAUUAUUGGGAUUUGCACACUUAGAACCACCAUUUUCAAUUCGUUGUGUUGAAGUUGGUGACGACGAGGAUACGGGUGAUACAAUUGGUAGCGUAAUAAGAGGAUUUUUUACGAUUCGUAAGAAAGAUCCGCAGAAUCGUUUACCUACGUCGUCUACAUGUUUUAAUCUCCUUAAAUUACCAAAUUAUCAAAAGAAAAGUACCUUACGAGAGAAGCUACGUUAUGCUGUUACUAGUAAUACGGGUUUUGAACUUUCGUAAUUUACAACUGAUUUAAGGUAAUUUCGAUGUAUAUUGCUCAAAAUAGCUAACGAAAAUUUAUACAAAGUGAUUGAGUGGUGCCUGACUAUUACGAUCCAAAUUGUCUGGCGAGAUAUUUUUAAUUAUAUUAUAAAUUUUAAAUUGGAUAAAACCACAAUUCACAUGUCUAUUAUCUAUAAAAAAUAUUUAAAAAAAAAUUGUUGAAAUUAAAUUGACAAUUCGUAUAAUUUCAUAAUAUAUAUAAAAUGAUAAAAUACAUUUUCGUUAUCAUUUUGUUAUUCUAUUUUUAUAUUAAUAUUUCUUGAUAUUUCUCCUUAUCAAUCAAGGGGCUGACGCAGAAUUAAUCUGUAAUUAUAAUGAAUGAACUAUUUUUUUGUAUUUCCUAAAGUUUUUAUGAGAUUAAUCUUAUAUGGAUGUAUAAAUUAUAUUAUGUAUUAUAUUUGUCUUAUUUAUAAUACAAUAAUUUUUUAUGUUGGAUUCACUUUGUUUUUUAUAGCAUUUAUAUAAGUCUUCUAAAUUCAUUUUGAAAGAUUUCUCGCCAAAUAGUAGAUUAUUAUGGUGUAAACACACUGUACCUCAUGAGCUUAAUAUUGCUAAUAUUGUGCGCUUGUUAGUUUAUAGAAAUAUGAAUUACUGUCUAUUAAAUCAAUAAAAUACAUGAAGCGAAUAGUAAAUCCGAGCCCAUUGGUGCCCGGUGAAUAAUAAUAAAAAAAAAAAUAAAAUAAAAUAAAAAGGAAAAAAAAAGAAAAAGAGAAGAAAAAAGAGAUAAAAAAGAAGAAAAAAGGAUCCGUAAAUUUCUAAAAUUUUCAAAUUAUUUGAAAGUUAAAGCUCUAUUUUGUGGAGAGCUAUUUUCUCAAGAUUUUGUACAAAUUUUUGACAUGAUAUAUAAAGGGAUUCAUAUCUGUUUGGAAAUAUAUAUAUGUAUAUAUUAUAUCCACGGGCGCUUAUGGGUUAAAAAUCCAUAGUUGUUUAAGAGUUUAAGAUCGGUUUGUUCAAAUUGAAUGAACUUAUGAUGUUUGUUCUUCUAUUUGAACGUUUCGAAUUAAAUUUGUAACUACAAUUGCAAUUCAUCAGUCUUUGAUAAAACCAAACAAAUUAAAAAAAAAAAAAGGGAGCACUAGUUAUUUGCAAUAUAGCGAGGAGUAAUAUGAUAUUACAGCGAAAUUUAUUUUUCUCGUGAUUUAUGCGUAAUUUCAAAUAACAAAUGACUCGUAAUAUUAUCGAUAAAAAUUCGAUCAGACCAAAGAUAGAAGCCUAUUUAAUAUGAAAAAAAUAAUUUGAGAUAUAAUCUUUUCAUAUUUUCCUAUAUGAUCGUAUGUAAGUUUAUCAGGCCUGUAUUCACUAAAUGUAAAGAAAUAAAGAAUUAAUGGACAUUUUUUUAGAAAGAUAGAACAAUAACAAAUGUUUAUGAAUAAUUUAUGAAUAACUGUAUCAAUUAAUUUAUUAAAGUGCACAAUAUGAAUUGUAGUAA